GGCUCUCCGCGCCCAGCCCGCGCUCUCAUUGGACUGCGCCGCGGAGCUAAGCUGUCAGCCCAUGUGGCGUGGCCGGCUGAGGCGGCGGCUGCUUAAAUAGCGCUGGGAAGUGGUGCGAGGCAGCUGAACGGGCACGGAACAGGGCCGGUGCCGCAGCCUAGUCCCGCGUUCGGGCGCUGAGAGCGGCUCCACAGCAGCGCGCGUUCCAGGCCGAGCUCCGGGCUCCAGCCUCUGCCCAGCACGGGCCCUUCCAGUCACCGGAGCCGGGAACCAGAGAGACAUUAGGAGAUGGAGGACGUGGUGAUUGCAGGCAUGGCUGGAAAGCUGCCAGAAUCAGAGAACAUGCAAGAGUUCUGGGAAAAUUUAUUCAAUGGAGUGGACAUGGUCACAGAAGAUGAUCGGAGGUGGAAGCCAGGAAUUUAUGGGCUGCCCAAGAGAAAUGGGAAACUCAAGGACAUCAGCAAAUUUGAUGCCUCUUUUUUUGGGGUUCACCCCAAACAAGCUCACACAAUGGACCCUCAGCUCCGCUUAAUGUUGGAAGCUUCUUAUGAAGCCAUUUUGGAUGGAGGAAUUAAUCCAGCUACCCUACGUGGCACAGACACAGGUGUGUGGAUAGGUGUGAGUGGAUCAGAAGCUGGUGAAGCAUUUAGCCAAGACCCUGAACAGCUGCUAGGAUACAGUAUGACAGGCUGCCAGCGUGCAAUGUUUGCCAACAGAAUUUCCUACUUCUUUGACUUGAAAGGACCAAGCAUGGCCAUUGAUACGGCAUGUUCCUCUAGCCUCAUUGCUUUGGAAAAUGCUUACAAGGCAAUUUGUCAUGGAGAGUGUAAUGCAGCCCUUGUAGGAGGCGUCAACCUCUUAUUGAAACCCAGCACUUCUGUUCAGUUCAUGAAACUUGGCAUGCUUAGUCCUGAUGGUGCCUGCAAGUCCUUUGAUGCUUCAGGAAAUGGAUAUUGCCGCUCCGAAGCUGUAGUGGUCAUUCUCAUGACCAAGAAAUCCAUGGCCAAACGGAUUUAUGCCACAAUAGUCAAUGCGGGGAGUAACACUGAUGGUUUUAAGGAGCAAGGUGUGACAUUUCCCUCUGGGGAGAUGCAGCAGGCUUUGGUCAGCUCUCUAUACAAAGAAUCUGGGAUCCAGCCUGAAGAAGUGGAGUAUGUAGAAGCUCAUGGUACAGGCACCAAGAUUGGGGAUCCUCAGGAACUGAAUGGCAUUGCAAAUAUUUUCUGUCAAUUAGAGCGAGAGCCAUUGUUGAUUGGCUCAACCAAGUCAAACAUGGGUCACCCAGAACCUGCCUCUGGGCUUGCUGCAUUAGCCAAGGUGAUUCUCUCUCUGGAACAUGGGCUGUGGGCUCCAAACAUUCAUUACAACACCCCAAAUCCAGAAAUUCCAGCCUUACAAGAUGGUCGUGUCCAGGUGGUUGCUAAACCAACCCCAGUAAAAGGUGGCCUUGUCAGUAUCAAUUCUUUUGGCUUUGGAGGUUCUAAUGUCCAUGUCAUUCUGAGACCAAAUAAGAAGAAAUUCUACCCUCUGGAGAUGCACAAUUUGCCACGACUGGUCCAAGUUUGUGGCAGGACACAGGAAGCAGUGGAAAUGCUAAUAGAGCAAAGCAGAAGACUGAGGGAGUACAGCUCAUUUGUGAGCCUGCUCAAUGAUAUCUCUGGGAUCCCUAUUUCAUCCAUGCCCUACAGGGGCUACACCUUAAUUGGCAGUCAGAGUGACAUAAAGGAGGUUCAGCAUACUCAAACAUCUGGGAGGCCACUCUGGUAUAUCUGCUCAGGCAUGGGAACACAGUGGAAGGGGAUGGGCCUUAGCCUGAUGAAGCUUGAGCUGUUCCAACAGUCCAUCUUACGCUCCGAUGAGGCUCUGAAGGACACGGGACUGAAGGUAUCUGACCUGCUCCUGAAUGCAGAUGAGAACACGUUUGAAGAUGCUGUCCAUGCAUUUGUUGGCCUUGCUGCUAUUCAGAUUGCACAGAUAGACAUUCUGAAGGCCAUGGAUCUGCAGCCUGAUGGAAUUGUUGGUCACUCAGUAGGAGAACUGGCCUGUGGCUAUGCAGAUAACUCCUUAAGUCAUGAAGAGGCCAUUCUUGCUGCCUACUGGAGGGGGCGGUGCAUCAAAGAAGCCAAACUACCCCCAGGAGGAAUGGCUGCUGUUGGUCUGACAUGGGAGGAGUGUAAGCGUCAUUGUCCUCCUGGCGUGGUACCUGCCUGUCACAACUCUGAAGACACUGUCACUGUUUCAGGGCCUCAGGAUGCUGUGAACAAGUUUGUAGCCAAACUGAAAAAGGAAGGAGUGUUCGCAAAGGAAGUGCGCAGCGCUGGGGUUGCCUUUCAUUCAUAUUACAUGGCGUCUAUUGCACCAGUCCUACUUAGUGCCCUACAGAAGGUAAUUCCAAAUGCAAAGCCUCGUUCACCCCGUUGGAUCAGCACCUCCAUCCCCGAAUCUCAGUGGCAAAGUGAGCUGGCUCAGAAUUCCUCUGCCGAGUACCAUGUGAACAACCUGGUGAGCCCAGUGCUGUUCCAGGAAGGUCUGAGGCAUGUUCCAGACAAUGCUGUUGUGGUGGAGAUUGCCCCACAUGCCCUCUUACAGGCUGUUCUGAGGAGAAGUCUGAAAUCAACCUGCACCAUACUACCUUUGAUGAAGAGAGAGCACAAAAACAAUCUGGAGUUCUUCCUGACACAUGUUGGAAAGAUCUACCUAACUGGAAUAAAUGUUCUCUCAAAUAAUCUGUUCCCACUUGUUGAAUAUCCUGCCCCAGUGGGAACCCCAUUAAUAUCUCCUUACAUCUUGUGGGACCACAGCCAGACUUGGGAUGUCCCAAAAGCUGAAGACUUUCCCACCGGCUCUGGGGGAUCUUCAUCAGCAUCAAUCUAUAAUAUUGAUAUGAAUUCUGAAUCCUCUGAUAAUUACUUGGUUGGUCACUGCAUUGAUGGCAGAGUUCUGUAUCCAGCAACUGGGUACCUGGUGCUAGCCUGGCGAACUCUGGCACGGUCUCUGGGGAUUGCCAUGGAACAAAUGCCUGUUGUUUUUGAAGAGGUUACAAUCCAUCAGGCAACAAUCCUUUCUAACAAAGGUUCAACACAGCUGGAGGUGAGACUUCUACCUGCUUCGCACUGUUUUGAAGUGUCUGGGAAUGGAAACCUGGCUGUAAGUGGGAAAAUUUGCCUUUUGGAAGAAACUGCUCUAAAUAAUUUCCGUAACCAACAAGUUGACUUGGAGACCCCACCAAACAUGAGGCCCAAAUUCAGUCUGUCCAAGGCAGAUAUUUACAAAGAGCUGCGUCUGCGUGGUUAUGAUUAUGGGCCAACGUUCCAGGGACUUCUAGAAUCGAACAAUGAAGGUAACAGAGGAAAAGUCCUGUGGAAUGGGAACUGGGUAACUUUCCUUGACACCUUGCUGCAGAUGAUCAUCUUGGGUGAGACAGGUCACAGCCUCCGCUUACCCACUAGAAUACGCUCUGUGUGCAUUGAUCCGUCACUACACCAAGAGCGAGUGCACAAAUACAAGGAUGAUACUGAAGCUUUUGAUGUUGUUGUUGACCGUUGCCUCGAUAACAUCAUGGCAGGAGGUGUUCGGCUCUCUGGGCUCCAUGCUACUGUGGCACCUCGGCGACAGCAGGAACAGAGACCUCCAACUCUGGAAAAAUUUUGCUUUGUGCCCUAUGUUGAGAGUGAUUGUUUGUCUUCAGAGGCCCAUCUUUGUGCCCAUUUGGAACAUUGCAAAGGUCUGAUUUGCAAAUUACAGGAGAAAGUAGCAUUCCAUGGAGUCAAACUGGCCAUCCCAGGGCUAGAGACAGUGGGGGCCUUUGGAGAGACUGUGUCCAUGCAGAAGGGCCUCCUCCACAUCCUUGCUGAAAUCUGCCACCUGGAACUGAAUGGAAACCUGUAUUCAGAGCUAGAACAGAUUGUUACUCGAGAGAAGAUGCAUCUCCAGGAUGAUCCCCUACUCAAUGCCUUGCUAGAUUCUCCUGAGCUGAAGGCUUGUGUGGAUAUAGCACUGGAGAACAUUACCAGUCACAGGAUGAAGAUAGUGGAGGCUCUGGCAGGAGAUGGACGUCUGUUUUCUCGUGUUACUGGUCUCCUAAAUACUCAGCCCAUGCUACAACUGGACUACACUGCCACUGACCAAGCCCCAGAGAUCCUUUCAGUCAAUGAAAGCCAGCUGCAGGAAACUGGUGUUUCCAUUGCCCAGUGGGAUCCUAUCAGCCCUCCUCCUGGACACCUGACCAGUGCUGACUUGCUGGUGUGCAACUGCUCAGUGAGCAUUUUUGGGAACCCAGCAGAGAUUCUCUCCAACUUGGCAGCCACAGUGAAAGAAGGAGGGUUUAUUUUACUGCACACCCUUCUCAAAGGAGAAACGCUUGGAGAAAUCAUCAGUUUCCUUACAACUCCAGAUCUUCAGCAGAGAGGCCUCUUGGCUCAGGCAGAAUGGGAGGAUUUAUUUAGGAAGACCUUGUUGAAUUUGGUUGCUGUGAAGAAAUCAUUUUUUGGUUCAGUCAUCUUCCUGUGCCGCCGGCAAGCUUCUGCCAAGAUCCCAAUUUUCCUGCCUGUAGAGGAGACCCAUUACAAGUGGGUGGAAUCUUUAAAGGUGAUCUUAGCUGAUCCAUCUGAGCAGCCUGUGUGGCUGACUGCUACCAGCUGUGGGAAUUCAGGAAUUGUGGGAAUGGUGAACUGUCUUCGCCAGGAACCAGGGGGUCACAGGAUCAGAUGCCUGUUUGUUUCCAACCUGAAUUCCUCCUUGGCCAUCCCUCCCACAAGCCCUUCUGCCAGUGAGAUGCAGAAAAUCCUACAGGGAGACCUGGUGAUGAAUGUGUAUCGUGAUGGAAAGUGGGGCUCCUUCAGACACUUUCUGUUGCAGCAAGCUCAGCCUCAGGAAUUGACAGACUAUGCUUAUGUGAAUGUGCUGACCCGUGGGGACCUCUCAUCCCUUCGUUGGAUUGCCUCUCCACUUCGCCAUUUCCACACCACCAAUCCUAACAUUCAACUCUGCAGGGUCUAUUACGCAUCUCUUAAUUUCCGUGAUAUUAUGCUGGCUACAGGGAAGCUCCCUCCGGAUGCUAUCCCAGGUAACUGGACUCUGCAGCAGUGCAUGCUGGGAAUGGAAUUCUCAGGACGGGACCCCACUGGAAAAAGGGUGAUGGGAUUGCUCCCAGCAAAAGGGCUGGCUACAGUGGUGGACUCUGACAAGAGGUUUUUGUGGGAGGUGCCAGAGAACUGGACUCUGGAGGAGGCAGCCUCAGUGCCUGUGGUCUAUGCCACUGCUUAUUACGCUUUGGUUGUUCGAGGUGGUAUGAAGAAGGGAGAGAGUGUACUCAUUCAUUCAGGCUCAGGGGGUGUGGGCCAGGCAGCCAUUGCUAUUGCGCUGAGCAUGGGCUGCCGUGUCUUUGCUACUGUAGGUUCUGUUGAGAAACGCGAGUAUCUCCAAACAAGAUUCCCUCAGCUGGAUGCUAACAGCUUUGCCAACUCCAGAAAUACCUCCUUUGAGCAACAUAUACUGCGGGUUACCAAUGGAAAAGGGGUCAACCUGGUAUUAAACUCCCUGGCAGAAGAAAAGCUCCAGGCCAGUCUCCGUUGCCUUGCUAGACAUGGACGCUUCUUGGAAAUAGGCAAAUAUGAUCUGUCUAACAACAGCCCACUUGGAAUGGCUCUUUUCCUGAAGAAUGUAGCAUUUCAUGGAAUACUGCUAGAUGCCAUAUUUGAAGAGGGAAACCAGGAGUGGGAGGAAGUGUCAGACCUGCUGAAAAUGGGUAUAAGAGAUGGUGUGGUAAAACCCCUGAGGACUACGAUCUUCAACAGAGAGGAGGUAGAAGCUGCCUUCAGGUUCAUGGCACAAGGAAAACACAUUGGCAAAGUUAUGAUCAAGGUCCAUGAGGAAGAGAAGGAAUUUCCUGCGAGGGAGACUGAAGCUGUCAGACUUUCUGCCAUCUCACGAACUUCCUGCCCACCUACAAAGUCCUACAUCAUCACAGGCGGACUUGGCGGCUUUGGGCUAGAAUUGGCUCAGUGGCUGGUUGAGAGAGGCGCUCAGAAGCUUGUACUGACCUCUCGUUCUGGCAUACGAUCUGGUUACCAAGCUAAACGAGUCAGAGGGUGGAAGGAGAUGGGAGUUCAGGUCCUGGUGUCCACCAGUGAUGUUGGCACUUUAGAAGGAACACAGCACUUGAUAGAAGAAGCUUCACUGCUUGGACCAGUUGGGGGCAUCUUCAACUUGGCAAUGGUCCUUAAAGAUGCUAUGCUAGAGAAUCAGUCUCCAGAAUUCUUCCAUGAUGUCAGCAAACCCAAGUAUGCAGGCACCCUUCAUCUAGACUGGGUGAGUCGUGAAAAGUGUCCAGACCUGGAUUAUUUUGUUGCUUUCUCCUCUAUAAGCUGUGGAAGAGGAAAUGUUGGGCAGAGUAACUAUGGUUUUGCCAACUCUACCAUGGAGCGCAUCUGUGAGCAGCGACGGCAUGAUGGGCUCCCAGGCUUGGCCGUGCAAUGGGGCGCCAUUGGUGAUGUUGGUGUUGUCUUGGAGACAAUGGGCAGUAACGACACUGUGGUUGGUGGAACUCUUCCCCAGCGACUCAGCUCAUGCCUGGAAGUUCUGGACCACUUCCUGAAUCAGCCUCAUCCUGUCAUGUCUAGUUUUGUUCUGGCAGAGAAGGUCUCAGUGAAGAGUGAAGGAAGCAGCCAGCGGGACCUUGUGGAGGCUGUUGCCCACAUCCUAGGUGUCCGUGACGUGAGCAGUCUGAAUGCUGAGAGCUCUCUGGCAGACCUAGGCUUGGACUCCCUGAUGGGAGUGGAAGUGCGUCAGACUUUGGAGAGGGACUAUGAUCUUGUCAUGACUAUGAGAGAGAUUCGACUGCUUACAAUUAAUAAACUGCGAGAACUUUCGUCCAAGUCUGGAACAGCAGAGGAACUGAAACCAUCCCUUCUGAUGAAAGCUGGCCAGGCUGAGCACCCUGAAUUGGACUUGAACAACCUGCUGGUAAAUCCAGAAGGGCCAACAAUCACCCGGCUCAAUGAGGUACAGAGCACAGAACGCCCUCUUUUCCUCAUUCACCCCAUCGAAGGAUCCAUCACAGUUUUCCACACACUUGCCUCCAGACUCAGUAUGCCCAGCUAUGGACUCCAGUGCACAAAAGCUGCUCCCCUGGACAGUAUACAGAGCCUGGCAGCCUAUUACAUUGACUGUAUAAAGCAGGUGCAGCCUGAGGGACCCUAUCGCAUUGCAGGAUACUCCUUUGGAGCCUGUGUAGCCUUUGAAAUGUGCUCCCAGCUGCAAGCUCAGCAGAACCCCUCCCAUUCACUCAACAGCCUCUUCCUGUUUGAUGGGUCUCACUCCUAUGUGGCAGCAUACACUCAGAGCUACCGAGCCAAGCUGACCCCAGGAAAUGAGGCUGAGGCAGAGACUGAAGCGUUGUGUGCCUUCAUUCAGCAGUUCACAAGCACUGAAUACAAUAAGUUGCUGGAGACUCUUCUGCCUCUGCAAGACCUGGAAGCUCGUGUCAAUGCUGCUGUGGAUCUGAUAAUGCUGAGCCACAAAAACAUCAAUCGGGAAACUCUCUGUUUUGCUGCUGCUUCCUUUUACUACAAACUGAAGGCUGCUGACAAGUAUGUGCCGGAGUCCAAGUAUCAUGGGAAUGUGACGCUACUGAGGGCAAAGACCCACAACGAGUAUGCAGAAGGCCUGGGUGGAGAUUACAAGCUCUCAGAGGUCUGUGAGGGGAAAGUAUCUGUCCAUGUCAUUGAAGGGGAUCACCGUACCUUCUUGGAGGGAGCUGGUGUUGAGUCAAUUAUUGGGAUCAUCCACAGUUCACUAGCAGAGCCCCGGGUCAGCGUCCGAGAGGGUUAGUCCCUUUCUGCUCACCUUCUAUCACUGGCCGAGAGAAUUCCAGCAAUAUAUCCCUUGUUGUGACAGACCCCAAGGAACUCUUCUUGUAAUCCAACAUCUCAUCUGCUCUGCAAUCAGGUCUAGGAAGUCCUGCUGAUGGAUGUCUCUCUCUCUCACUCUACACUGCUAUAUGGACCUACAUCCAUGGCUACUUCCUACCCCUUUGGCAGCAUGAAAAACCAACUUAGGAGUAGACUUCUUUUCUUGUGCUAUGUAUCAUUUUGUUGUCUUAACAGUAUUCCAAAGGAUAGGUGAUAGCACUUAUUAACCAAGCCCAGUUAGCAAGGAGGGGAGCUGCAGCUGAUUUUGGAGACAUCUGUUGAUCUGUGAAGAAUCAGUCUGUAGUUAAGUUGGAUAGAAUUCCAUUGAGGCUCUUGUAACUCUUUUUUUUUUUUUUUUUUUUUUUUUUUUUUUUUAAAAUAUUUUGUGUAUUUAUUGCAUCAACUUCCCAGUUUUAAUUUAUCAUUAAUUUAAAGAAAACAAAACAUAGCUUGGAAUUUUGUAUUCCUUCUACCAGGUGAAGUUGCCAAUUUUGUUAAACCAAAAUGCAUCUUUGCAGCAGUCUCUCCCCUCCUUGCUUCAUGAAGAGAGAGAGGAGGGUCAGGGAGGGUCUCAAGAUGCUGCUGUGCUAGGCACCUUAAGUAACUUGGGUUGAUAUACUUGUACAGCUGACCAUAGGCACAUACCAAGUGUAGGCUGCACAGGGCCCUGUACUGGGGUCUCUGCAACUUCAGGCCCCUCUCCCAGAAAACACCUACCACUUCACCUUGUUUCUGACCCACCAUUAGCCUCUCCAUUCAACCAUACACACUUUGAAAAAAUUAACUCUGAGACUUUCACCCUCCCUAGUUCCUCAUUGACAAGCACCAUUAUCUGAUCCUCAUGACCCCCUGCUCUCCCAGAACCAAAGCUCUGCAGUGGUUAUAGCUGUCUGCUUAACACCCCUGCAUAUCUUAUUUAGCACCAGGCCUGGCUAAGCCUAGGGCCAUCCCUGUGUGCACUCAUCCUCUCCUCACUGAGACUGGAAAUCCUACAUGUUAGCCAAGUAAUCAGUUCAGUGGCAAAUUAUUUUAAAAGAUUUGAUACCUUUUUAAAAGACAUUUACACUUUAGAAUCCAACACGCCUUUUUCUUGCUUUUCUUACGCUGGACCUGUCUUUAGGAAAACCAGUGAAUUCAUGCUGUACCUAUGAUACAGAGGAAACACGGGGAGCAAACACAAUCAACUAGAUUGGAGCCGUUAUGCCUCUCAGAACCGCAUUAUAUAUAAUCCAGCUCGCCCACUAGAUUAUUUUGUCAGUAUUGGCACAGUCCAAUGACAGGAGUGUCCCUGACUGCAACAGGUUCUGAGGUUGGAGCUCGGUUGGUUAAACCACCCUCUGUGGAUGGCGGCUGAGUAACUGGUUUUAGUUUAAUAAAAUAUUUGUGUGGAAAUUUGAAAUGCAAACACAGUGUUGACUUAAAACAUUUCCAAGUCAGUCUUGUUCUGUUUUUUCAUUUUUUACAUGCCUUUGGUAAAAACGUUGCUCUAGAGUGUGUCCUUUCCUCGUUGGCUCUCCUAAAAUUAAAUGAGAAUUGAUCUCUG